GCCCGCUAUCUCCGCGCCAUCGUUGCCAAGGUCGUGGAGAGAAAGGAUCACCUCGCUAAGCUUGAAUCCCUUGAUUGCGGAAAACCACUCGAUGAAGCUGCCUGGGACAUGGAUGAUGUUGCUGGUUGCUUCGAGUUUUACGCUGACCUUGCCGAGAAACUCGACGCUAAGCAGAAGGCACCCAUUUCUCUUCCCAUGGAAACUUUCAAGAGUUAUGUCUUCAAAGAACCCAUUGGUGUUGUUGGAUUAAUCACCCCAUGUUUUAUGGUUAUUCAUAUUGGAGGUGAAACAGAUCUUAGGUUUAUAUACUGCGCAGCUGCUUGCUUCCACGAUGGACGUGAUGAUCCAAUACCCAGCCCAUUUAACCCGUUGACAGAUGGCAGCACCCAGCCCAUAAUUCAUGUACUCACCAGGGGCCAAAGCUAUCUAGAUGUUCCUACAACACAAAUGGUGCAUGAGCAACUUUGGGUAGAUAAAUAUGCACCAAAGUCAUUUACUGAGCUUCUUAGUGAUGAACAAACAAAUCGUGAGGUACUCUUAUGGGCUUUCUUAAGGAUGAAGGGUGAAGACUGAAGACUUUCUUAAGUUUCUUUUUGUGUUAUGGCCAAGUUGUUGAUCAAUUAGACUUCUAUGAUACAUGGGCCUUCCUGGAUGCUCGAGUGAAAGAUGCUUUUGAUCUAAAGAAAACCAUUCAAGAGCUCCACCAAACAUUGCUGGAAAUCAUUCUGAGAGAGGGAUAUUGAGCUCGGUUAUGUACUUGUUGGGCAUAAGGUUGUGAGAAAAAGAUAAAAUACAAAAAAUGAGGGACCCUGACGUGAUCUUCAGACCCCAGACCUGCUAUUAAUUUUGCAUUCCUUUUGUAAUUAUACAUGCGUUUUGCUUAGUUAGUGAAUUUCGGCUGGAUAGGAGGUUGAAGGGUUUUUUGUUACUGAAAAAACCUGGAAAGUUUUCUAUGAGGAUUAAUGUAUAAAACAAUUAUACCAAAAGU